CAUGUCGACGCCAUUUCUAACUUUUUAUGGAGUUGGUCUCAUUAUCGUUAAGUAAAAUCUCUCGAUAAAUAAUGGAAUAUCCGAAUUAUAAAAUAUUAUAUUUUGCACCAAAUCUCAUUGGAUAUGUCCGACUCAUGCUACUGGCUGCUUCAUGGUACUACAUCACUAACAAUCCAAUAAUAUUUAUAACACUAUAUGGUACUUCAGCUAUACUUGAUGCAUUUGAUGGAAUUGCAGCUAGGUAUCUAAAUCAAACAUCUGCUUUUGGAGCAUGGUUUGAUAUAGUGAUUGACAAUAUAGGUAGAGGCAUCAUAUGGUCGUACACAUUUGAGUGGGGAUAUUUUGUCAGUGUACUUGAAUGGCUUGUGUUUGUCUGCACCCACACCCAUGGACCAUCUUGGAAAAAACCAGUGGGUGAUUCGCCUCCUUUUUUGGUCAAAGCAGUAAUGGCAAACAAUUUCAAGACUGCCAUUGGUGUUUACACUAUAUCAGGCUUACAUGUUUUACCCUUAUGGUUGUAUAGUUUGAAGAUGCUGGCUUUAAUCAAUCAAUUUCUUGCAUCUUCAUUGAUUACAGCCAUAACCAUUGUUCUAGUAUCAGGUCGUGUAACUUGCAGUCUAGUUGAGUUCUGGUUUUUAUGGACUCAUAUUAAAGCCUUGCUUACUGAUUUCAGAAUAUAAUUGUAUAUUAAAUGCUAUAUACUUGUUUUGAUAAAAUUAAAAAAUAUGUUUGAAAAUCAAAACUAAAUUACUAUAACACAAAUAUUAAAUUACUCAAUAACAAAA